AUGGUCACGCCGGUGUCCCGCUACCGCCUUCGCCCGCGGUCGGUGCGUGUGGCGGUGUCAGAGAUCCCGCUCGCCACGAGGCGGACGGCGAGGCAACCGCAGCCCGUGCCGGCGGCAGCGGCCGUGGCCGCGGAGCCGGCGAUUCCGAGCAACUUCCUGUGCCCGAUCUCGCUGGAGAUGAUGCGGGACCCCGUAACGGCACCGACGGGGAUCACGUACGACCGUGACAGCGUGGAGGGGUGGCUGGAGCGUGGCCACUCCACGUGCCCCGUCACCGCCCGCCCGCUGCGCGCGGAGGACCUCAUCCCGAACCACGCCACGCGGCGGAUGAUCCAGGAGUGGUGCGUCGCCAACCGCGCCCUCGGGGUGGAGCGCGUGCCCACGCCCCGCGUCCCGCUCUCCGCCGCCGACGCGGCCGAGCUCAUGGCGGCGGUGUCCGCCGCCGCGCGGCGAGGCGACGCGCCGGCGUGCCGCCAGCUGGCGGCCAGAGCCAGGGCGCUAGGGAAGGAGAGCGACCGCAACCGCCGGUGCCUCGCGGCGGCGGGAGCCGCCCGCGCUCUCUCUUCAGCGUUCUCACAGCUCGUUGACCAGCCGGCGCUGGCGUCGUCGUUGACCGCGUCCGGCGGCGCGCUGGAUGAGAUCUUGGCCGCGCUGGUCGUUUUCUUCCCGCUGGGCGAGGAGUGCAGGAGCCACAUUGCCUCCCCGGCGUCGCUGAACGCCGUCGUCUCUAUCCUGUGCCACGGCGAGACGACCGCGAAGGCCAGCGCCGCCGUCGUGCUCCGCGAGAUCGCGUCGUCGUCCGACCCCGACUGCCUCGACGCCAUGUCCGAGACCGACGGAAUACACGACGCGCUCAUCAAGCUCCUGCAGAGGCCCGUGUUGCCGCAGGCUACCAAGAACGCGCUGGUCACCGCCUACUACCUCGUCACGAACAGCGGCCUAGCAGCCAGCCGCCUGGUCGACCUCGGCAUGGUGGAGCUCCUGGUCGAGUUGCUGGUCGACGCCGACAAGGGCACGACGGAGAAGGCGCUCGCGGUGCUGGACAGCCUCUUGCUCACGGAGGAAGGCCGCGGGAAGGCGUGCGCGCACGCAUUGACCGUGCCGGUGCUGGUCAAGAAGAUGCAGCACGUGUCCGACAUGGCAACCGAGUUCGCCGUGUCGGCGCUGUGGCGGCUGUGCAAGAGCUUCUCCGGCGAGGGCCCGUGCAAGGCCGAGGCGCUGCAGCUGGGCGCGUUCCAGAAGCUCCUCCUCCUCCUGCAGGUCGGCUGCAUGGGCGUGACCAAGGAGAGGGCCAGCGAGCUGCUCAGGCUCCUCAAUGGAUCGAGAGACGGCGUCGAAUGCAUUGAUUCGGUGGAUUUCAAGGGGCUCAAGAGACCCUUCUCAUGA